AUGGCCCAGGCUGCACGGGCGCUGUGGCCUGUCGGGCACGCUCUGGCCUGGAGGCUGGGUAGUCGCCUUCCGUCGGGACUCCCCGCGCAGAGUCGGGCCGGCUUCGCGGGAGCGGCGGGAGGCCCGGGCCCCGCGGCCACAGCCCGCAAGGGCAGCCCGCGGCUGCUGGGGGCGGCAGCGCUGGCCCUGGGGGGCGUCCUGGGGCUGUACCACACGGCGCGGUGGCACCUGCACGCCCAGGACCUCCGCGCCCAGCGCUCUGCGGCGCAGCUCUCCCUGUCCAGCCGCCUGCAGCUGACCCUCUACCAGUACAAAACGUGUCCCUUCUGCAGCAAGGUCCGCGCCUUCCUCGACUUCCACGCCCUGCCCUACCAGGUGGUAGAAGUGAACCCCGUGCGCAGGGCCGAGAUCAAGUUCUCUUCCUACAGGAAGGUGCCCAUCCUGCUGGCCCAGGAAGGAGAGAGUUUGCAACAGCUGAAUGAUUCCUCUGUCAUCAUCAGCGCGCUCAAGACCUACCUGGUGUCGGGGCAGCCCCUGGAAGACAUCGUCACCUACUAUCCACCCAUGAAGGCUGUGAACGACCAGGGGAAGGAGGUGACGGAAUUCUGUAACAAGUAUUGGCUCAUGCUGGAUGAGAAGGAGGCCCAGCGCAUGUAUGGUGGGAAGGAGGCCAGGACGGAGGAGAUGAAGUGGCGGCAGUGGGCGGAUGACUGGCUGGUGCACCUGAUCUCCCCCAACGUGUACCGCACUCCUGCCGAGGCCCUGGCCUCUUUCGACUACAUCGUCAGAGAGGGCAAGUUCGGGGCAGUGGAGGGUGCUGUGGCCAAGUACAUGGGUGCGGCGGCCAUGUACCUCAUCAGCAAGCGGCUCAAGAGCAGGCACCACCUGCAAGAUGAUGUUCGUGAGGACCUCUACGAGGCUGCCAACAAGUGGGUGGCAGCCGUGGGCAAAGAUCGGCCCUUCAUGGGGGGCCAGAAGCCAAACCUGGCUGAUCUGGCAGUGUACGGUGUGCUGCGUGUGAUGGAGGGCCUGGAGGCUUUCGACGACCUGAUGUGUCACACCCACAUCAAGCCCUGGUACCUGCGGAUGGAGAAAGCCAUUGCUGAGGCCCCCCAGUGACCUGAGUGUCCCCGGAGUGGUGGGACACAGCAGAAGAUGCCGGCUGCUGGGGACCAGGACCACUGGGUCAGCAAUUGAUGCUGUGUGGUGGGUGGGGGAUGGGAUCUUUGUGCCCCCCGCCCCCCCAGCUCCCUGGCUUCUAGCACUGAGCACCUGCUGCAGCCCUGGGACGCUGGGGGACAAAAGCCAGUCUUGGUAUCUGCCCACAGUCCCCUGAGGGGCCCAGAAGCCUGCCCUUCUCUGGGACUUUCUGUGCCCUGCUAUGUCCGCACCUUGGGGUGGGAAUCGGCUCAGGCUUCUGCCCUGGACAGGGGAAGGGGGAAUAGUCUGGUUUACAAAGGAUUUCAUCUCUGGCUCCUCCUGGUCCCUGCUCUUCCCAGGUGCCCCUGGGAUUGUGUGUCACGUUCACAAUAAAGAAAAGGUUUGCUGCUC